GGGGAAACAAAUCUGAGUAGCGAAAGCUGAAGACAGAAAAACGCAUACACCUCUUUGUGGAGCUCUUCAAUUCACUUUUACCACUGCCCUAGAACACACACCAGGUGUGGAAUUGAGUUCCUAGUUUUUACUGACAAAAGGCUUCAUAGAAGUAUAGAACAGGGCUACUCACAGAUGUUUUCACUGUUUUAUGGACUAUGGAAGUACAUGUUCAGCAAAAUGGAGUUUCAUGUUCUUAUUCUUGGAAUUGACAAGGCUGGAAAAACAACAUUGCUGGAGAAGUUGAAGGCACAGUACUCGAACUUGGAAGGCCUUCCUCCAGACCGAAUUGUUCCAACUGUAGGGCUCAAUAUUGGUCGUGUUGAAGUGUCUAAUACAAAACUAGUAUUCUGGGACCUGGGAGGUCAGCUUGGUCUUCGCUCCAUCUGGGAAAAAUAUUAUGAAGAGGCACAUGCUGUGAUUUAUGCAGUUGAUGCCGCAUGUCCGUCCCGUUUUGAAGAUUCAAAAUCAGCACUUGACAAGAUUUUACGGCAUGAGGAUUUGCAAGGAGCUCCACUGCUGAUAUUGGCAAACAAGCAGGAUCUCGAACAAGCUGUAUCAAUUGAUGAACUUGCUCAAUAUCUGGACCUCAAGACAUUGGAUGAGCGAGUUUAUGCAUUUAAAGCUGUUUCAGCUUUUGAUGGGCUGGGCAUAAAAGAAAGUGUAAACUGGCUGGUAGAUGCUAUGGAGAGGAGUAAGAGAACUGAAACGUUGAGGCUUCGUGCUGGAUCUAGUGUUGUUUAGAACUGAUAUUGUAUACAUACCGCCACACCUUCCGUGUAAUGUUGUGCGUAAAUCAAGGGUCAAUCUCAUGCUAUAUGAUGUAAUAUCGAACCUAUAUUAUUGAAUAGUUCUCCCGCAACAAAGUUGAAGUUCUUUCUGAAACUAA